GCAGACCGACAAAAUGGCGAUGCAGCUUGAUUUGUCUCAAGCUUCUGUGAUGAAAGAUGAACAGGGCCGGCCGUUCAUUGUCGUUCGAGACCAGGGAAAGAAGAAGAGACAACAUGGCACCGAUGCUGUGAAAUCACAUAUUGUUGCGGCCAAAACUGUUGCCAACAUUGUCAAGACUUCUCUGGGUCCUCGUGGUCUCGACAAGAUCCUCAUAUCCCCAGAUGGUGAUAUCACCGUGACCAACGACGGCGCAACCAUUCUGUCCCAGAUGGAAAUCACAAACAAUGUUGCUAAGCUGCUAGUGGAACUUUCAAAGUCUCAAGAUGAAGAAAUUGGUGAUGGAACAACGGGUGUUGUUGUCCUAGCAGCAGCCAUGUUAGAGCAGGCAUCUGAUCUGAUCGAUAAGGGCAUUCACCCAAUUCGAAUCGCAGAUGGCUAUGAUCAAGCGUGUGAGAUCGCUGUUGCGCAGCUCGAUAAGAUUAGUGACGAGAUCGCUUUCAGCAAGGAAGACACUUCCAACCUCCUGAAGGUUGCUAAGACUAGUCUGGGUAGCAAAAUUGUUUCCAAGUCUCACGAUCAGUUCGCCAAAAUCGCCAUCGAUGCCGUCCUCUCCGUUGCAGAUCUCGAACGUAGAGAUGUCGAUUUCGAGUUGAUCAAGGUCGACGGAAAAGUGGGCGGAGCUCUCGAAGAUUCUCUGCUCGUCAAGGGUGUCAUUGUCGAUAAGGACUUCUCUCACCCUCAGAUGCCUGAUGAAGUCAAGGAUGCCAAAUUGGCAAUCUUGACCUGCCCGUUCGAGCCCCCCAAGCCGAAGACGAAGCAUAAGCUUGACAUUACAUCGGUCGAGGAGUUCAAGAAGCUGCAAGAUUAUGAAAGAGAGAAGUUCACAGAGAUGAUCCAACACCUGAAAGACUCGGGAGCCAACUUGGUCAUCUGUCAAUGGGGUUUCGAUGAUGAAGCAAACCAUCUCCUUCUCCAGAACAAUCUUCCAGCCGUCCGCUGGGUUGGUGGUCCUGAAAUUGAGCUCAUUGCUAUUGCCACGAACGGUCGUAUUGUUCCUCGCUUUGAGGACUUGAAUGCAGAGAAGCUGGGAACAGCAGGUAGUGUCCGGGAGAUGACAUUCGGUACCACCCGCGAGAAGAUGCUUGUCAUUGAAGAUUGCGCCAACAGCCGUGCUGUCACUGUCUUUGUGCGUGGUAGCAACAAGAUGGUCAGUUCACUGUACUAUUAACUUCAAUUCACAUAUACUAACGUUCUCUCAGAUCAUUGAUGAAGCUAAGCGAUCACUACACGAUGCCCUCUGCGUUGUGCGUAACCUGGUGCGAGACAACCGCGUUGUAUAUGGUGGUGGUGCUGCUGAAAUUGCCUGCUCUAUUGCCGUGGAAGAUGCCGCCGUCAAG